UUGGGGGCCGUGGCGGAACACGCCUUUGUUAUAAAAGAAACGGCGACGAACGUUGGACGAACAGUGGAACACUACUGACAGAUCGGAAAAAUUAGUGCAAUUCCUCGAGGAGUUAACGGCAGUGUCAGCUGACGGAGAAUGGCUUGCUUGAAACUUUACACAGUCCUGCUGCUGGCUGUCAUUAUUGGCAUCGUCGCUGCGAAACCAGGAUAUUUCGGUGGCUACUACGGCGGCUAUUAUCCUUACGUUUAUAGCUAUAAGUAUCCGUUCUACGGGUAUGGACACGGUUACGGGCAUUAUGGCUACCCCCACUAUGGUUAUGGUCACGGAUUUGGUCACUAUGGUUAUUUUUAAUUGAAAAGACGACUGUUUGGAUACCACGAUUCCCAAAGAAGAAAUAUCUUGAAACCGAUCUAUCCACCGUAGAUCCGUCGAUUUUAUUGUCGUAAAUCCCUUCACUCGAAAAGCUUUACCGCAAACUGCAUUUAUUUUCUAUUGAUAUUCUCGAAAUCCUAGUUAUUGCCGAACGAUGAGGAUGUUUGUCAAAUAACCGGUUUGGGCUUUAUUUGAUCAAACCUUUGGCUCUCAUCGUCGUUAAAGAUGUUGUGCAAAUCGAGCAAAUAAAAUGUAGAUUUCAAUAGA